AUGUUCUCGCGACAAGCUCUUCGUUCCGUCCGGGCUGCUGCCCCCCAGCGUGCCCUCGCCCUGCGAUCAACGCCUGUGCGGUCCUUUGCCGCGGCUGCCAGCGCCGACGUCAAGCCCCCCAAGGCUGUCUUCGGCCUCGAUGGCACCUAUGCCACUGCUCUGUACACGGCCGCCUCCAAGUCCUCCGCCCUCGAUCCCACCGCCAACGCCAUCACCAAGCUCGGCGCCCUCCUCGAGAAGGACACCAAGCUCGCCUCCAUCCUGUCGGCCCCUACCCUGACCCCCCAGGACAAGUCCGACAUCGUCGCCGAGCUCACCAAGCAGGCCGGCGCCAGCGACCCCACCGUCAAGAACUUCCUCGAGACCCUCGCCGAGAACAACCGCCUGGGCCUCCUCGGCGGCGUCUGCCAGAAGUUUUCUGAGCUGAUCGCCGCCGCCCGUGGCGAGGUUGAGCUCAAGAUCACCAGCGCUCAGGGCCUCGACAACAGAACUCUCAACCGUCUCUCCAACGCCGUCUCCAAGUCCGCUUACGUCGGCCCCGGCAAGACCCUCAAGGUCACCAACUCUGUCAACCCUGAGAUCGUCGGUGGACUCGUCGUUGAGAUCGGUGACCGAACCAUCGACCUCAGCGUCUCCGCCCGCAUCGCCAAGAUGAACAAGCUCUUGACGGACAGCCUGUAA